AUGUCUUCAACCCACACUGAGAAAGUCCGUGCAGGACAGGCAACAACGGGGCGCUAUGAAGCAACCGCUAAGGCUGCUUCCAAGAGUUUGAAAAAAGAAUCAUCAGUGGCUGUGAUGAUAGAGCCUCUUAUGGUGACAAACGGCGACAGUCUGGUCACUGAGGAUCAUCGUAAAGAUUCAAGAUCAGUAAUCCUUAAGCACGCCGAGGACCUUGACAACUUAAAUGAUAGCUCUCCACAACGUCAUGAAAUGGAGACAGAUCCUCCAAAGACAAAACCAACUGCUCACCCAGUGUUGACAAAUCUUGAAGAAGGGUUAGCCUUGGGGAGAGCAUCAACUCUUGGCUCGCCAAGCCCUCAAUCUCUUCCUGGGGCGCACGCAGUGGCAGGAAUCUUCCCCUCUAGACCCCCACAACCACACACCUUGGCAUCUAGUGCAUUGGAGGAGGGCCAAAGGACAAGCAAUCUUGCCGUGGCAAAUCCAGUGCAGGAAGUGGUGCUAGCAAGGGCAGAACCACAGUGGGAACGUGUGGGAUCACCAAAGACCUAUCCAGCAAAUCAUCUACUUCUGGUACUUUGCUUUGUGCCACUCUUGAUUGUAGCCAUUGCCAUCCCUUUGACACUGAUCAAGGGAGACAGCGAGCAAGUUUCUACUGCAACAAUUACUCCAUCAGCGGCACCCUCAGAGGGCCCAUCAUCUCCCGGCACGCCUGCUCCAACUGGAGCCUUGGAUUUGCUCUUGCUAGAUCUACCCAAAACAAGUAUUGAGAAUGUCCAUAUAUUCAACACUCCACAGCAACAGGCUUAUGAUUGGCUUUUGCAAUAUCCCAACAUCACAGGUCUGGAAAAUUGGAGAAAGAAGCAGCUGUUUGCAUUGGCAUCAUUCUAUUAUGCAAUGGAGGGGGCCCAUUGGCGCAAAGAGAUUAGGGAUAACUUUCUGAUCUAUGAUCAGUUUGGUUAUGAACUCCCUGAAGAAUGCUACUGGUUCUCCAGCAUUUUUGGGAACUUUCAGUUUGAUGCUUACUCUGAAUCAUCUACUCUACCAGCAAUAUAUGUGCCAUGCAAUGGCCACGGAGAAUUCACCACCAUCUUUCUUUCAGAUUUGCAUCUUGCCAACCAUACUCCUUCUAUUCCUGAAGAAAUAGGGCUUUUGACCUCCUUAGAGACUCUUUUAUUGGCAUAUUCGGGAAUACAUGGGAAUCUGGCCACUUUUCUGCCACCAGAGCUCUACAAGAUGUCCAGCUUGACGCGGCUUCGGCUGCAUGAAAACCAGCUAUCUGGGAAAAUACCCUCACAAAUUGCACUCUUGAGGAAUCUGGAAGCGCUGUCCCUCCACACAAAUGCCCUUACUGGAAGCAUUCCCACUCACCUGGGGCUUCUGUCUAAUUUGACUGGCCUUUGGUUGAGAGCCAACAGACUUGAUGGCAGCAUUCCCAAGGAGCUGGCAUCUCUUUCAGAACUUGCAAGUCUACGUUUAGACAAUAAUGAUCUGACAGGGACCGUUCCAUCAUGGCUUGGCCUGAUGACUCAAUUGACACAUCUGAACUUGCAUUUCAAUGCACUCACUGGAACAAUCCCCACACAGCUGGCCCUCUUGACAAAUCUGAAAAAUCUCACCCUAUCAGGAAAUGAGCUCACUGGCGGGAUUCCAAAGUGGCUGGGGUUGCUGACCAGCUUGAUUGAGCUGUCACUUGGUGGAAACUCUUUUAGUGGGACCAUACCUAGUGAGCUGGCACAAUUGACCAAUGUGCAGACUCUGGAUUUGUCCAAUCUGCCACUGCUGAGUGGAGAAAUUCCACAAGAGUUUGGUCUUCUAACUGCUGGACUGGGAGAGCUCAAUCUGACUGGGAGCCUGAAUCUGAUGGGGGCUGUGCCAGCAGAGCUUUGCUUUUUGCAGAACAGCUCUUGUCAAUUUAUGGAUUCCUACUGGCAACAGAUGUUUGAUUGCUUCUUGUUAUUUGACUGCACAGAUUCACUGCGUGGUUGUGGGUGCAGCUGCCAGCAGAGUGCAUGA